CUCCGCCCUUCCGUAUACGCCAUAGGCAAAAUCUAGUCUUGGUUAUCAUCUCAUUACCUGAUACGGUCUUUUGAUUGUUCUGUAACUUUCAACGGGCACAUCAUCUAUCCAUACACUCGCCAAUAUCAGUACCACCACCGAUACCAUGUACUCGUCUUCCGCCGCCACCAAAGCCAAACGGCGCACGCACACUCGGCCAGAGCUCUCUGAGGAGCAAAAGCAAGAGAUCAAAGAGGCCUUCGAACUCUUUGAUACGGACAAGGACGGAUGUGUGGACUACCACGAGUUGAAGGUGGCUAUGCGGGCACUGGGGUUCGAUUUGAAGAAGGCGGAGGUGUUGAAGAUACUGAAGGACCAUGAUAAGACCGGGCAUGGGUUGAUGGAAUUUGAGGAUUUUGCCAAGAUCAUGAACGACCGCAUUCUGGCGCGUGACCCGAUGGAAGAAAUCAGACGCGCUUUCCAGCUUUUCGACGAUGACAACACUGGCAAGAUAACGCUCCGCAACCUUCGACGUGUGGCGAAAGAAAUCGGCGACCGAUUGGAGGACGACGAGUUACAAGCCAUGAUAGACGAGUUCGACCUUGACCAAGAUGGCGAGAUCAACGAACAGGAGUUCUUUGCAAUCAUGACAGACGACGCGUAAAAUCCACAUUUCUUCAUUUUCUCUCUGCACCUGUCUUUUGGCUAUCUUGACUCUUGCAUUGCAGUCGCUCUGCACAAGAUGUACAGCCCUCCAUCAUCUAUCGUACAUCUCACCUUUCUUCGUUCUUGCAUUACCACCGUCUGUCCUAAAUUAUUCGACAUGCUUUCGCCAGCGUACCAGCUAUCGGGAAGGCAAGAACGAUACUACCACCUUUCAUUUCGACUUUCGACCUCUUGAUUCCCCUUUUGCCUUGUUUUUCG